CUGGACUUCCCAGAGCCUUCCUGGAGCGCGCACUCCUCUGCUCUCGGGUCCCAGCGUCCCAGCCACGGCCCGCUGCCGCUAACCACCACCUCCUCCUCCUCCUCCUCUUCCUCCUCCACUCUGGGCGCCUCUCGCCCCCUCCCUCCUGUAGCUGCGGGGGCCUCGAGCUGCUGCAGCUCCCAGCCCCUACUCGACCACAUCCCCAACUCUCUGGGGUCACUCCUGGGACGCGCGCCCUCGCCCCAUCCUUUCUUCCUUCCUCCCCUCGCGCCCGCCCUCACUCUCCAGGUCUCCCGCCCGGGUCCCGAUUGUCUCGGUCCCCUCCCCAGGCAGCCGGCGCCUCGCCCUGCCCGGAGUCUCCCUCGCACUUCCUGAGUCGCCUGCCGCCGCGGUCGCACCGCGCCCGGGAUCCCGAGCCGCCGCUGCCCGGCUCCAGCCCGCCGCGCCCGGGGAAGGGAAGAGUGGGCGAGCUCGCCCUCGCCCAGCCCCGCGCCCCAGCCCUGCCCGGCGAGGGAGGACCGGGAAGAUGAACAACGGCGUCAAAGCCGAGAAGGAGAACACCCCGAACGAGGCCAACCUUCAGGAGGAAGAGGUCCGGACCCUGUUUGUCAGUGGUCUCCCUCUGGACAUCAAACCUCGGGAGCUCUACCUGCUUUUCAGACCAUUCAAGGGCUAUGAGGGUUCUCUUAUAAAGCUCACGUCUAAGCAGCCCGUAGGUUUUGUCAGUUUUGACAGUCGCUCAGAAGCAGAAGCUGCGAAGAAUGCUUUGAAUGGCAUCCGCUUCGAUCCUGAAAUCCCGCAAACACUACGACUAGAGUUUGCUAAGGCAAACACGAAGAUGGCCAAGAACAAACUAGUCGGGACUCCGAACCCCAGUACGCCUCUGCCCAACACUGUACCUCAGUUCAUUGCCAGAGAGCCAUAUGAGCUCACAGUGCCUGCACUUUACCCCAGUAGCCCUGAAGUGUGGGCCCCGUACCCUCUGUACCCAGCGGAGUUAGCGCCUGCUCUACCUCCUCCUGCUUUCACCUAUCCCGCUUCACUGCAUGCCCAGGUAAUUUAUACCCAUCGGCCACGACUUCACUCACUCCACCACCAGUCCUUUCAAACCUGGUUCCCCAGAGCACACCAUACAACUAACACCUAUCCAGCUAACAGAUCCACCCUCGGGAGAUUAAUGAUCUCCUCUAAAUCGAGCUGACACUCCUCCGGGACUUCUGAGGAUCAUCUGACAGCAAUGUUAUCACCCACUGCCUGAUGUUUGCCCCAAACGACACCUCGCUCUUCCUUAAUGACCUCACCCUCAUGUCACACACGAGACCCUGGGCCCAGAGGACCUCCCCAGCUCCCAGCCAGCGAGAGGGUGUCACUGGAGCGGGGAUGCGUGUGUGCCUUGUUGUGUGGAGGGGCUGCAGAGGGGCGCGUACACUGGCUGCAGGAGCCGUGUGUCUGUGUGUUUCUGCGUGUGGAGAGGUUUGGCUUGUGUUCUCUGAGGUCUAGUGGCCAAAGGGGAAAGUUGGGAGCACAUGUUACCUAAGAGAUCAAGGGUCCUUUUUUUUAUUUUCUGGAAACCCUGAAGAAAAGGAGGUCCCAUGUAGUGUCUAGAAUGUAAUUAUAGGUCAAGGUAGAGACCUUUGUUCUGACCAGCUGUUUUUUGGUUUGUUUGUUUGUUUGUUUGUUUUUAAGUUAAGAAUAGCUUGAAUUUAAUAAAUAAACUUGUUUUCUCACAACGAUUACUGCUUACCUACCAACCCUUUCUCUCCCCUUGGAGAGAAAAGCUUUGCUUUUAGUACAAGUAGUAGUAAUCAAUAUUACAAUUCAAAGUGAUCAAUAACAAAUCAGAUAAAAAGAGUAAAGAUUUCAUUUGUCUAACUGCAUGUGUAACUCCUUUAAAAACAAGAAAACCUGGUUUUUUAAAAAAUGUUGGCUUGGACAGGUGGGGUUGUUUGAUUGUUUUGCUUUAUGUUCAUUUACAAAGCUGGAUGAAAUAAACAGCUUCCCAGAGUACUGUUCCUUCUGACGCAGAACUUUGAUGUGAACUCACCGCACUGUGUAAGACCCUACAAGCAGCCCCAGUGAGGGCUCUCACGGCCGUGCGGCCAGCAGGGAUACGGGCUGUCCAUCCUUCUGUUCUCUUUCCGCUGAGCUGUCGGUGCUUCAUGCGUGCAUUUGACGGCCUGGCUUCCCGGGCACCGGGUGGGCAGACUGCACAGGAACAGCCUUGGUGCCGGGUCCCAAGUGAUUCCCUCUGUGUGGGGGGGGGUGAGGGGCAGCACGCAGUGUGAGUAGUGGAGGAAAAUGUGGGUGGUGCUUGGUAUAGAAAAUAGGAGCAGGAUGACUCCAAGACUAAUUACCCUUUCCGACAAUAGAUUAGCUGUGUUUUUUCUUUUUUUUCUUCUUUUUUUGCUUCUCCGUCCCCUGCUGUCUCUGCCUUUUGUCCAUGUCAGUGCCUGGUCACCCUGGAAAUGGCAGGUACAGGGAGAAGGGAUCAACCUGUGGAUACCUUCUGCCACCCGCCUGCUCAGAGCGGGCUCAGAGGUGACGUUGUAGGUGACGUGGAACAGCUCAAAGAGCCUCCCCCUCUUUGUGUCCCAAGCGCCCUACCCCUGCCACCCGGGGCCAUGUCUCCUCCUCUCCCUCCUCUUCCUCUUGCUAGAUGGUCUGGACCUGGAUCAGUUGACAGUUCAGGCAAGUGUUAAACACCAGGAAAGAGCCAAGUUCACAGGCUCUUGAAUGUCCAUGGCUCUGGGUAGUCAGCACAAAGCCUUUCACCGUUGCCCUGGAAAAGCAAGAUUUGAUAGUGGCCAGGAAGGACUGGGAAUAGCGGCUUUUGGCCAUAACACCUGGGUACCUGGGUAGUCUGCCCUUACUUCUGUCACAUAAUGGAUGAAACCAAAAGUGGCAUCUAGGGAUGUGGCGAGAAAAGGAGCUGAAGAGUCCUUAGAGGUUAGGAAGCCCACGCUGUUGUGGGAAAGGCAGGGAGAGACAGUGCCCAGACUAGGUGGACUCGGCCAUGGCACUUCAUGGGACGUGUUGCCUGGGGUGGCACCUUCCCCUGGGAGCUCCCACUUGAUGUGGAGGCUUUCCCAGCCUGGAAGCCCCUUGGCUGUGCCACCCCGGUCUGAGAGCCGGUGGGACUCUCCUCUGAUCCCGGUGAGGCCCUUGCACUCAACCCCACUUCUUGCUUCUGGUCUUGCCCAGUGCAAGCUUGGGUUCUGUAUCUUACAGACCCGUGAACGAACAUGCUUAUGUAAAUUUCCUUGUCCAAUACGAGCAUCAUAGAAUGAAUUGGCAGAGGCUUUACCAAUCAGCUGGUCUGACCCACUUUACAGAUGAGGAAACAGGCCGGAGAAGAUGCAGAGUCACCCGGAGUGGCAGGUGGCUCUGCCCCGAGCAGAGCCAGGUCCCCUGACUCUCGGGCCUCGGCCUUUCCCCGCCUCGGUGCUGGCUCUCCAAAGACCUGUUCGUUCUGUGAUGGGAUUUUGAAAAGGCCUCACUCCAGUGACUCCUUGGACCAUUCUCCUCUAA